CCCUUUUGAAGACGAUGACAAAUGCCAACGAUACCAAUGAUACCACUACAUUCACCUCGCUUCCUCAAGAUCUAAUCCAUGGCCUCUAUCCCUUCCUCUCCGCCGCCGAUCUCGCCGCUUUGUCCCUAGUCUCCCGACGCUUCAACGUCCUCACAAACCACUACGGCUGGAAACAUUACGUCCGCGCACAAAGAUGGCACAACAUAACCCACGACGUAUCCGCUCUAUCAUGGCAAGACCAAGCCGCCAUUGGUACGGCGAUUGAUCGGGCGUGGGAUGCGCAUACGUUUACGGCAUCGUUGAUUAGCCGACGGUGGAGGGGGAAGUCGAUGCCGGUUGUUAGGGUUAAUGGGAAGAAGAUCGUUGUUGGGGUUGGGCCUGAACUGCACUUACUUUGGCUUGGGCAGCAGGACAGUACGCCGCCGCCGCCGGCACCACGGCGAGGUUUUCGGCAGGACAGGAGUUUGUCGGGUGGGACGACAAGACCGUGGCAGGUGUGGAAACUGGGGAAGGAUGGUGUUGACGAUGUCACGGACAUUGUGCUCGUGGAGGGAACGGAGGAUGAGGCUAUCGUCAGUCAUGUGAACGGAAAUGUUUUCCGAGUGCGGUUACCCCGGAAAGGACAAACUCACGUCCCGGAGAUUCUACACCACUACAAGCUCUCGAAAGGGACGGUACAAUCCAUUUCCAUGGCUGGGAAGGACAAACUCCUCGCCGCCUCCUCAACAUCCCAAGAAAUUUCCCUUUUCGACCUCCGCGACGCCGCCGAGAACACAUCCAAACCUCUCACCACAAUCUUCCUCCCCUCACGGCCCUGGAUCGUCUAUCCAACCUCACCCAAUGAAUUCGCCAUCGGUUCAUCCGGUACGCACCCACUAUCCUUUCAUACCCUCACCCCAUCCAGCAUCGUACAAACCUAUGCCUUCCCCGCUUCCGACUACAACCUCACCAAAUCCGCCGUGUACGGACUCUGCUCCUACACCCCCUCAACCCUCCUAAGCGGCUGGUACGACGGCGCAGUCCGUCUUCACGACCUCCGUGCUCCACCCCUCUCCACUCCCCAACUCGAACUCGAGUUCCGGGAUCCGCAUGACGCAAUGAGUGCCGUAUACUCACUCACCACCAACGGGCCCGGGGGCCACCAAAUCAUCGCCGGUGCGGCACGAAACGGGGUCAUCAGAGUCUGGGACGCGCGGUACGCCUCAACAUCCAAACAAAAGGAUGGAGGGUGGAGUAUCUUCUUGGGAAGGGAGAGAAGUCCGGUGUAUUCCGUCCAGGCAGAACACGGCAAAAUAUUUGCGAGUACGGAGAGUGGGGUGUAUGAACUUGAUUUCGCUUCGUCUGACAUACUGGGGGAUUCGAAGGAGGCGCAGGUGAAGAGGAAGCUCAAGGGGAGGAGGGAGAUUCUUUAUAAGGGGGAGGAGGACCGGAAGGAUCUGGCACAUGUUUAUACGCAUGUCGAGGGGAUGCCGUUAUAUCAUACGGACGGGCGAUUGGUGUAAGUCUGGUUUGUAAGAUCCUGAGCUCGAGCGAUAUAGAAAAGUGUUUUUGUGAGAAGUUUGUAUCGAGG